AUGCACCUCUCGUUUGCCCUUCUUCAGGGGUUGUUGAUCGCCGGAGCUGCUGGAUUGCGUCAAGGACACAGAAGGGUCGAACGACAAGAUGGUGAAGAUGGCCGUGAAGGCCCAGUCGAACCCGACACUGCCGCGGACUGUACCUACUUCGACACCGCUAGAACUGCCUCGGACGACUGCGCCCACUUCGCAUCGUGGUGGGGCAUUUCGGAAGAAGAGUUUGUCAGAAUGAACCCGAGCGUGAAGUCAGACUGCAGCGGCAUCAAGAUCGGCAACUCGUACUGCAUCGAAGUCAACUACGGCAUCCCCCCUCCGGCCACUACCACGGCCGCGCCCAGCAGCACGGCAGCUCCUAAGCCCACCCAGACUCAGUACGGACUGAUCGAGUCAUGCACCAAGUUCUACCGCGCCGAGACCGGUGACAUCUGCGUCGACAUCGCCAGCUCCUUUGGAACCUUCACAUUUGACGAUUUCCUCUUCUGGAACCCGGCGGUCAGGGCCGACUGCAGCAACCUGUUGGCCGGGUGGUACUACUGCGUUGAGGCGCCCGAGGUGCCGACCCCUAGCUCAACCAGCGCGAGCCCGACCGAGACGUGCAACCCGACGGCGCCGACACCGACCCAGCCCGGGCUCAUCUGUGGCUGCACCAAGUAUUACGAGGUUGCCGAGGGGGACACCUGCGCUGUGAUCAUUGAUAAGUUCGACCUCGGGGAGAACUUUUACCACUGGAACGCGAACUACGGCAGUCAGUGCGAGUACUUGUACCUUGGGCAUUAUGUAUGCGUUGGCGUUGAAUAAAUGCUGUCAGGAGUAUUUUAGGUACAUACCCAGCGAAGCACCUGUGUGGCCACACAGGUCAGGGA